GGGUAAAAUGAAGUGGCGAUUGGAGGGCGGCAAAGAAGAAAGCGAACUUUUGGGAGUUUUAUAGGUGGGAGAGCUUUGAGCUAUACAAGAAAGAAGGAACUGUCGCAGAGACGCGACGAAUGACAGAGAGAAAAAGAAGCGAGGACGAGGUAAACUGAGAGAGAGGGCCUGGCAUUUGGAAGUUGUAUGGCCCCUUUACCCUCCACGAUGAGCUCUGUUCAAGGACCGCUUUCCCAGGAAGCUGAACCACAUAAGCGCGCAAACACAGACGCAGAAGGCGCUGAGAGCACCGAGAGAGCAGCAGCCAAAGGAUGUAAAAAUAAGGCGUUCAGUCUUCCCUUUAGCGUGGAGUCUCUAAUAUCGGACCGAGUUACUACUAGGACUUCAUUUUCCGGAUCCGACUCCGGGCAUAUAUCCCCUUCUGAGGAGCGAUCACAACUCUCACCAAUGGCUCUUUACACAGACAGGAAACUGCCGCUAGAAAGUGUCUCAAACUUGGCUGUGGGGAAAAGAGGAGAGUCUGAGGAGCGGAAUGAGAAGGGACAGGGCGGGUGGUAUCAGACUCCAUCAUACGCCUCCCCGCCGAGACACACCAGUCCGUCUCCGUGCACUCUCCGUAAACACAAGAACAACAGAAAACCGAGGACGCCGUUCACCACCUCACAGCUGCUAGCUUUAGAGAGAAAGUUUCGGCAGAAGCAAUACCUCUCCAUUGCAGAAAGAGCGGAGUUUUCCAAUUCACUCAAUCUAACAGAGACACAAGUGAAGAUAUGGUUCCAAAACAGGAGAGCGAAAGCAAAGAGACUUCAAGAAGCAGAGUUAGAGAAACUGAAACUCGCCUCAAAACCUCUACUACCGGCGUUCGCCUUUCCCUUCCCACUGGGAGCGCACGUGGGUUCUCCGGGUCUCUAUGCAGCCUCGGGUUCUUUCCCGCGGCCUUCACUGCCCGUGCCGGGACUUUUUGGAGGACCUGUUACCUAUGGGAUGUAUUAUUUGUCUUAAAUGUUUUCAGUGUAAUUAACGGCAGGACUGCUGUUUAUGCCAGUCAUAAACGGACAAGUAAAAUGUCCAGCUAUGAACUUUGAAGUAAAAGAAACUGCGCGAGCAUAUACACACAUUUAAGUCCGAGAGCGACAAUUAAGAAAUAUAAAAUAUAUAUAUAUAUAUCAAGCUUUCAGUGGUGCCCUCCGAAUAAAUAACAUGGGACUUAUAGGCCUUACUAUUUAGCCCCCCGCCCAAAAAACCCUCAAACCACGAUUUUUUUUAAAUCGGCAGCAAUCUCGUUUUAAUUAAAGUCGUCUUUGGAGAAACCAAGUGCUGCAGAUGAAGCCUGUUAUUCAACAUUUUAAUUUGAAUCAAUAUAUAAAAUCUUUUUUUUUUUAUGCUGUCAUGAAGGCCAGGAACAUCUGUGCCAGACUAUUUUAGUACCCCUCGAGCAGGCCUACAUCUAACUUGAAAUUAUUUUUAUAUUAAUAUAUCACAAAGAUUCAUUUACAAAAUAAAAAUAAAAAUACAAAUACAGAGGUACUUGUAAUUUUUUUGCGUACUGUUUUGGAGUGUUUUUAGUAGAUGCGCUCGCGCUCCAUUGUCGCUUUUCACAGACGCAGUUUAAUAGUGAAGGUUAUAAGGUUUCACGGGUUUAGAUUCGCCCUCACUGAUGACUUUCAUUGUUGUCUUCGUUUAGCCACAACAACCUUGUUCUACAUGUACUAUUCUAUAGUUUGGUAGAUUGUAAAAUUAAUCUCUAGACCCUUUUUAUAACUGUAAAUAGCGUAUAUAUUAGCAUACAGAUAUUUUCAACUACAUUUGAAAUUACGAAUAGAAUUGAUAUUUAUAUACUGUGUUUACAUUUAC